AUCUUUUCAGUGAUAGCAUGUGUACAUGCGGAAAACACACGAAAAAGGCAUGGAUUCAAGAUAUAAAACAUCGACAUGCAUGCCAAUAGGUGCCUCGUACCCUUUUCCCUCUUGCUCCAGUAGUCCAAUGUCCGAAUCAGAGGCAGAGGUAGCCUCUCAGUUGAUUGCUUCACAGCCCGAAUCCGAGGACAACAUUCCAGAGUCUUCCAGUCAACCCCGAACUAAUGACAACAACAACUGGACAGGUAGAAAUCAGUACCAGAACCGUCCUAAGAUUGGUGAUGAGAGUGUCCAUCAAGCUCUGCUUGAGUAUCAUCGACGGAACAUUACCAAUAAGCAAACAAUUUCUGAGUUACUGAAGGCCGACUAUGGUAUCAUCCUCAGUGCAUCGUCUGUAACCCGACACAAGAAGUAUUGGAACAUUACUGCAAGUCAGGUGACAACAGCAAAAAUGGCAGAACUCGACAAACGGCAGUUAGUGUUUGAUGAAAUGAGUAAGGAUCCAAAUGCAAAACGAGGGCCGAAGACUGUAAAGGAAAAUAUUGCAAGGGUAGCAGGAGUGCAUCUUACCCGAGAUUUCAUCGAGGCAACAAUGCGGGAUCAACAUCCGGAAGGAUUUGCAAAUCGUGAACCAACUGCGAAAAAAAUCCAUCGAAGUGUGCUUGUCUGUGUUGGGCCUCACCAGGAAUGGAGCGGUGAUGGUCAUGAUAAGUUAACUGGUAUUGGGUUCCCAAUCUGGGCUGUUCGGGAUGUGUGGUCAGGCAAAUGGCUUGGAAUUUGGGUUGUUCCCAAUAACCGCCUCAAAGACACUAUUGCUUAUCUAUAUCUUAAGCUUGUAUAUGAGUAUGGAGGCAUUCCAGUACAAACAACAACUGACUGUGGGAGUGAAUUAGUGAUGGUUUAUGGUUUUGCAAAUGCACUUCGAGAGGCAUUUGCUGGUGAUAUUCCGGUUGAGCAGGUGGCUGCUCACCGCUUCCUCCAAAGUAUCCACAAUAUAACUAUUGAACAUGGGUGGCUCCGAUUGCGGUUAGAAUGGGGUGACAAUGUCAAGAUUUUUUGGGAUGCCGGAAAUACUGUCUACAAUGCAGCAAUUCCAGAGCACUACAAUCUUGCCAGGUGGUUGUGGUCAAAAUUGAUCCAAUCUGAGCUUGAUGAUUUGCGUGACAAAUUCAACAAUCACCGUUCACGGAAGGACAGAGGUAAAUGGUUACCAAGUGGAUUGUCUCCAAAUGUGGCAUUUUCACUUCAUGAGAAGUAUGGAGCAGUUAGUGGUUUGCUUCCUGUUGACAGAGAGAUUAUUGGAAGGCUCAUGGAGGAUAUUGGUGGUGAGGAACUGGUCAGAUUUGUGUCUGUGGCAUAUGCAGCAAAGGCACAACAAGUAUUCAAUGGUGAACUUGGUGCUCCUCAGAUGACAAUGCAGAAUGUAUGGCAUAUAUUUCAAGACAUGCUACCACAUAUUUAGUUGAAAAUUAUAUGGGAG